GCCAACCCCUUUGAUUACACAUUAGAACACUGUUAUUUGGUCAAAAUGCCUUCAAGUGUUCACAAAGUGGGUUAUUACCUGUGCCUAUUUCCAAAAUUUGACUGGAAAUCCCAGAAAAUUACCAGGCUUAAGUAUGAGAAAGCUGUAGUCAUCACUUUAAUAAUAUUUUACUCAUUAGUGUCAAGUUUUUUAACGUACCUACGUUACAGUGUUGUAUAUAGUUUGUUCCCAAUAUCACAAAUGAUAUUGGAGACUGUAACAACAAUUCUUGGUCAAGUUUUGUGUGUUGGUGCAUUAAUAUCAUUAAUUACUUGUGAAAGCUUGUGGACAGAUUACUUUAAUAAAAUUUGUUACUUAAAAAACACCCUUAAAUUAAAGUUUAAAGUCUAUAAACUUAAACUGAUAAUUUUAGCAGUAUGUUUGGAGAUAAUUUGGUUUAUUGGAAACACAGUUUGUACAAAAUACAUGUAUGGCAAGACUUUACAUGUGUUUUACAUAGAUAUUAUAUGGCAUGCAAUUUAUCACUUGUCCUGCUCGUACUUUAUUGUAAACGUUGUUAAGUUUAUCAGACAAUGUUUGUGUCAAACCAAUGAAAUACUAAAAGAAACUCUUAGUAACAAAUCAAACGAUUUGCCUGAAGAAAUUAGACAUUUAGGAGUAAUUUAUGAGGACAUCAAAACCUUGAAUAAAAUCUUCGAUGACUUGUUUGGUUGGAGGAUGUUGCUGAUGAUCGUUGGUGGAGGUUUAAUGAUGCUCAACACGUUCAACUUCCUCCUCCAGUUGCUGUUGAAAUCACACAACUUCAUCAUUAUUGCCACCACCAUACUAAUUGGACUGUUUGGAGUCAGUUCACCCGUCUGGGUAAUGCAGGAGUGCAACGAGGCAGCAAAAGAAGGCGAGAACAUUGCAAUAACGGCCUUCAAACACGAAAAAAGCUUUCCCUUGAACUCCGAAGAGAGGAGGGAACUCCUGAAUCUGGCCCACUAUGUGGUGCAAAGGAAAAUCAGAUUUACUGCUGCAGGAUUCUUCGAAGUGAAUCGCAGGAACAUCUUCGCCCUCUUUGGCACCACGACCACUUACUUUAUCAUCUUAAUACAGUUAAUCAAUGUCUCAAAUUAG